CAUGAUUGCUCCACGGACAAAAAACAGUGUUACAACAAAACGUUGCAAAGUGCCCCUAUAGUGCACGUCUCUUUGUUAUUGGUUUUGGAGUCGAUACGAAUAUGCUUAAAUUAGUCAGACACAGUUAAACUGAUGCUGUGUGUUUCUUGAUAUUCACAGUAUUUGAACUCCAGUUAUCAUGGGAGUGCAUGGACUGUGGAAGCUGCUGGAGAGCACAGGGAAGCCCGUCAACCCUGAGACUCUGGAGGGAAAGAUCCUUGCUGUUGACAUCAGUAUAUGGCUGAACCAGGCAGUGAAAGGGGUGAGGGACCGUGAAGGUAACAGUGUGCAGAACGCCCACCUCCUCACUCUCUUCCACCGCGUCUGUAAGCUGCUCUUCUUCCGCAUCAGGCCCGUAUUUGUGUUUGAUGGGGACGCACCGCUGCUGAAGAAACAGACUCUGGCUUUGAGGAGGCAGAGGAAAGAGGAGCUGACCCAAGAGUCCAAACAGACGAAUGAUAAACUCCUCAAGACGUUCCUGAAGAGACAAGCUAUCAAAGCUGCACUUGGAGACGCCAGUAAGGAUCCUCUACCCAGCCUCUCCACUGUGAGGAGAGAUGAAGUGGACGACAUGUACGUUCUGCCAGCCCUGCCAGCUGCAGAGGAGAAAGACAAAAGCAGUUCAGAGGAGGAGGAGGAGAAAGAGUUGGAGGAGACAGAUGAGACAGAUGAGGGAUAUCAUAUGUAUCAGGGAGAAUUAUAUGAAAACCCUAACUCAGUGAACAUCAACUCAGAAGAGUUUGCCAGCAUGCCGCUUGAAAUGAAACAUGAGAUACUCAAAGAAAUGAAAGAGUUUUCCAAAAGGCGUCGGACCAUGUACCAGAAACCCCCAGAGCGCUCAGGAGACUUCUCACAGUACCAGCUGGCCGGCCUGCUGCAGAGGAACCAUCUGAACCAGCGUCUGCGGGGCGUGGAGAGCGAGAUGUGCCAGCUGAGUGCCGGCAGCGCUCCACAGCUCUUCCAACAGGACGGGGACCAGCAGAGUCACAGCGUGGAGUCACGCCGCCUGGUUUCAGAGGACAAUUCCCACUACAUACUUAUUAAAGGCUCCAAAAAGAUAGAACCCGCCCCUGAGAGCCGCCCUGCAGCUGCAGCCUGGGCCGGCAGCGUCCUGACGGGCUCUAAGAGACGAGCGGUGGACAGACCGGAGCCCCUGUGGCGUCCUGUAGCAGAGGAGGGGCCAGACGGGUGGGGUCACGCCUCAGAAGACUCCAAACCCUCUGUGUCCAAACCCUUUGUCUCCAAACCCUCUGUCUCCAAACCUUCUUUUGGAGACACAUCCCCACCCUCACCUCGUACACUCAAGGCGAUCCAAGGUGCAAUGGAUGACAGCUCAGACGAGGACAAGGUGGACCAAGACAGGAAGGAAGGGGGUGUGUCCCCCCGGACCCUGCUCGCAAUCCAACAAGCUCUCGCUGAGGAAGAAGGUGGCUUUGCUCGACACGGGACUUUCAUCAACAGCACGGCCACCAAACUGCAGGUUAACGUUCCUCCUCCUGCGCCUCACGUGGUCAUCAGCAGCUCAGAGGAAGAACCAGACACUUUGCCAAAAGGAACAUCCGAUUUUAAGGGAAACCCAGGAAAAACAGGCCAAAGUGUACAUGUGAAAGACGUUUUGCUUGAUAGUAGUUCUGAAGAUGAGACCGAGGCUGUAAUUGGGGAAAGAAAUAAGGCUGUUCACUUUGCACCACUGCAACAACCUCACAAAACAGGGCUGAGCUCGGAAGGGGAGACGCAGAAAGGAAAGUUGGCAGAGGAUAUGAAGAUUGGCAGUAGAGGACAAGAAGAACUGGAGGGAAGAGAAUCAGAGCACGGGUUGAUGUCAAAGCCAGAGGGUGCUGCUGCUUCCAGUCAAAUCACAUUAUCGAACAAUCCCUCUGCUGCACUGUGUGUGAAACCUCUCAGUGCAGAGAGGGAGGCGGGACAUCCUGUGCUGUUAAAGCAGGAGAGCAAUAAGGUGAUAGAAGCUCUAGAGGAGAGGAAUGGAGAUGAUGUGAAGUUGCAGCGCAGCGAGGAGAGCGACUCAGAAGAAAGCUUCAUCGAGGUGUCAGAUGAAGAAUUUGAAGAGGAGGAAACAGAUGAUUCACUUGUGAUUACUGGAGACAAAGGACCUCCGGAUGAGGUCAAUAAGGCCGAGCAAGAAGAAGAGUCCAAGAAAGGUUUGACAGAGGUUCCAGCUGCUGCUUUACAAGUAGAGGAAGAAGAAGAGAGGAAAAUACAGAGUGAAGAGGAAGAGUUAGAGGAGGGCACAGAGACAGAAUCCAGCUCAACUCCAGCGGUCAAUGAAUGGGAACACUUUGAUGUGGAAGAGCUGCAGGCUCUGGAGAGCUCUCUGCAGGUGGAGCAGAGCAGCCUGAGGGAGCUGAAACAGCAGCAGGAGAGGAUGGCCAACACAGUCACCGGGCAGAUGCAGCUUGAGAGCCAGGAGCUGCUGCGGCUGUUUGGCGUGCCGUACCUGGUGGCUCCGAUGGAGGCCGAGGCUCAGUGUGCGGCACUGGACCGCGCUGACCACACUAACGGGACCAUCACAGACGACUCCGACGUGUGGCUGUUUGGAGGGAGACACGUCUACAGGAACUUCUUCAACCAGGACAAAUAUGUUGAACACUUCCAAUACAGUGACCUGCAGAACCAACUGGGUCUGGACAGGACUAAACUGAUAAACCUGGCCUACCUGCUGGGCAGCGACUACACAGAGGGUCUGCCGGGGGUCGGGUAUGUGACGGGCAUGGAGUUACUGAACGAGUUCACAGGGCCGGGCUUGGAGCCACUCACACAGUUAAGGGAAUGGUGGUCAGCGGCCCAGCAGAACAAGCGUCUGUCUUCUGAUCCUCGGGACACUAAGGUGAAGAAGAAAUUGAGAACCUUGAAACUCCAUCCUGGGUUUCCAAACCCUGCGGUGGCUCAGGCCUACCUGCAGCCUGCUGUGGACCAGGCCGACAGCUUCUUCAGCUGGGGGCGGCCACAACUCGACAUGAUCAAAGAAUUCUGUCUGAAUCGUUUUGGCUGGAGCAGUCGGAGGACAGAGGACACUCUUCAGCCUGUGAUAAAGCAGCUGAACACCCAGCAGACUCAGCUGCGGAUCGACUCGUUCUUCCGCUUGGAGCAACAGGAGAAGCAGGCGAUCCGCAGCCAGCGGCUCCGCAGAGCUGUCACCUGCAUGAAGAGGAAGGAGAGGGAGGGGGGAGACGAGGGAGAGGACAGUGAGGAGGACCUGCCAUCCCCAUCCCCAUCAAAAUCUAAGAAAGGGAAGGCACCAAGCAAGAGUCCGAAGAAAGUAGGAGGAGGAGAGAGAGAAGUGGGGAGGUCCGUGUCCGGAGGAGGGUUUCUGGGGUCGGAGGAAGUUGUUGAAUCUCCUCCUCCUCCUCCAUCUCUGAAGGAUGUGAGUAGCAGCAGACAGGAGUCUCUGCCAGUGAAGGCCGUCCCCCAGCCUACUAACACUUUACCUCAGAGAGCCAGCAGCAACAGCAGCUCUGGGGAGGACAGCGAUGAUGGUGGCGGUGAAGUUGCUAUGGUUACAGCCCGAUCUGUGUUUGAUGGCGGCCGACGAGGCCGUGGAGCAAAAAGCACGAGGGGGAGAGGAAGCACGAGAGGAAAGAGAAGGGGGACUAAAUCGUGAGGGGCAAACUUCAAAAAGGCAAUGGGGAAUAUGUCAUUCAUUACAAAAUGUGAUAUUUAUAAAGGUAAAUAAUGAAUCAUGAACAGUAAUGAAUUGAGCUUUCUCUGUAUUAAGAAUAUGUAUUUUGUAAACUGUUGAUGUGACUGAAAAUAGGUUACCUGUUGUAAUUUGAAUAUUUGGCAUUAAAUCUUUGAGUUAAAGGUG